AUGCCCAAAGGAUUCCUGGUAAAAAGAAACAAGAAAUCAGCACAUGUUUCCUACAGGACUCGUACAGAUGAAUAUGAGCAGGAGCAUCACAUCCCAGCCUUUCAGAGUCAGGUGGACUCAUCUCCCCCUGUCUCUAUUGCGUCCAGUCCGGACCGCGCAGCUCCAUCACCAGACAUCACAGCAGACGCCCCGGUCCCCAGUCUGGAUGCUAAAGGGGUUCAGUUUGGCAACCAAGAGGCUGUGUACCAAGCCCUCUACAGCCCCACCAGGCCCAUCAGCAAGGACCACGAGAGGAGAUAUUACGAAAGAAGUUUUAAUCUAGGUUCGCCAAUUUCUGCUGAAUCAUUCCCGACACCUGCCUCCCUCAGCAGUUUAGAUCAUCUCCUGUUCGCCCCCGUGGAUUUGAAAAUAGGCACUAGCAACAGCAACCGCAGCGGCACCACCAGCAGGAUCCCUGCUACAGCCAUCAGGGGCGGUACUAAGAGGGCCGCAUCCGACACUGAGCGCAAGAGCAAACCUGCCUCCAAAAAACCCAAAGCCAUCAGAAAACUGAAUUUUGAAGACGAAAUGACAACGUCUCCGGUACUUGGUCUGAAAAUCAAAGAGGCUCCUGUCGACUUUAAACCCAGAACGCAGACGUCGGCAGGUGGGAAGCCUUUAGGAGAGUUUGUCUGUCAAUUGUGUAAGGAAGCAUACGCUGAUCCAUUUUCUUUGGCCCAGCACAAGUGCUCUAGGAUAGUGAGAGUUGAGUACAGGUGUCCUGAGUGUGAUAAGAUGUUCAGCUGCCCGGCUAACCUCGCCUCUCACCGGCGCUGGCACAAACCGAGAGCGCAGAGUGCAGCCGGGAUACCAUCUACCCCGAGCAUCAAAUCUGAAAUCGCCAAAAUUCCCCCCGGUGUCAAGUCCACCCCUGAGGAAGCCAAAGACCCAAGAAUCGAGCUUCUGAGUGACAGAGACACCCCCAGCCCGGGUAUGUCUGAAUCGGGCUCAGAAGACGGUUUAUACAACUGCCAAUACUGUGGGAAGAGGUUUAAGCGCCAAGCAUACCUAAGAAAACACAUCCUGGGACACCAAGCCUUGCAGAAUAAAAUGUUCGAGGACCACGCGUUUCAAAACAGCGACAGAGUGGAAGAGCAGGUGCCAGUGUCCUUAUCCUCAGAGGAAAAUACAAACCAAAGUCCCCUGAAUCUAAGCCCCGUGGACUGCCUUCUCUGCCCCGUUUGCGGGGAGAAUUUCCCCAACAGGGCUAGCCAGGAGAGACACCUGCGUCUCAUGCACUCCUCCCAGGUGUAUUCCUGCAAGUACUGCUCUGCCACUUUCUACAGCUCACCCGGACUCACGAGGCACAUCAACAAAUGUCAUCCGUCGGAAAAUAGGCAGGUGAUCCUGCUUCAAAUGCCCGUGCGCCCCGCUUGCUGA